UGAUCAGGAAAUUGACGAUUCUCUCCUCUCCUAGGUUGUGGUAACAGCUCUAUGAGCAGUGACAUGUACGAUGCUGGCUACCACUCCAUCACCAACAUAGACUACUCCUCUGUGUGCAUCGACACCAUGAGUGCCAGGCAUGAUGCCACAUGCCCGGGCAUGACCUGGCAUCAGAUGGACGCGCGCCAGCUCUCCUUCACGGACGCCUCAUACGACGUGGUCCUGGAGAAGGGCACCCUGGACGCCAUGCUGGUGGAAGAGAAGGACCCCUGGAAGGUGUCCUCGGAGACUGCCUGUCUCAUUGACCAGGUACUCAGGGAGAUCAGUCGUGUUUUAAAACCGGGAGGUCGUUUCCUGUCUGUAACCUUCGCCCAGCCUCACUUCAGGAAGCGCCUCUAUGCUCGCCAUGACUACUGCUGGUCUGUACGUACCCGUAGCUACGGAGACGGCUUCCAAUACUUCCUGUAUGUGCUGACCAAAGGGGAGGAGCUUAGUCCAGAUGAUGCCACACUGGAGAGAAGGUUAUUGGAGGAGGCCCAAGAUCUCCCCAAUGAGGUCAGGACCCAGGAAGCAGACACUGAGUCCUUCCUGUAUUGUAUUGACCUAUAGGAUACAGAAUCUCAAUGGACUCUACAACAGGCUACAAGUGACUUAUGUUUGCCAUUAUGCCAAACACUGUUUUUAUCCACUGUGGAUUUUUAACCAGUUGUUAUACUGUGAUACAUCUUUAGGAUUAUGUCAUGUAUGCCUUGUUUUAUUAAGUGAAAACAUCUUUGAUUAAAACUACUUAAAGGCCA